AUGUGGCAUGACGCCUCCUACUUUCAUGAAUUGCAGCAAAUCCUGUCCAAAGCUGGAUACACAUCCUACAGUAUGCAGUUUCCUUGCUGCCAGGACAACGCUUGCUACCAGGAGGCUAGGAGGAUCACAAAGGAAUUGGUGGCGGAUUUGGAAGAAACACUACAACAACAAGUCGAGCAACCACAAUUUGUCAUUUUGGGCCACAGUCAGGGUGGAUUAAUCACCCAAAGUGCCCUACAGAACUCUACUGUGAUUUCUGAGAGGGCCAGAGGAGCUGUUUUGCUGGGAACAUAUCCCUUGGGAAUGACUCCUCCUUUGGGGGCUCUACUGAAAGAACCUCGCAACAUGUACAACGACUUUGGUUAUCUUUGGAUCUGCCUGUUUGGCAAACUCAUGAACACGCGAUAUACCAAACACAUUUUUCUCAUGCCCACAGCAGAUGAAACACAACCCAAGUUGAAAUCGUACAUUGCUGGUCUAUUGAAAGCUCCCUCGGAUGGCUUGGUCACCAUGUCGCAUUUUCCACAGGCGCCAACAGCAAGCUUGCCCCUCCCAACUUUGGUGCUGGGAGCAGAGCAAGAUUGCAUUUACCCCCCUCAUCUCUUGACUGAUGCCUUCCAGGAAAGAUUCCCUAAUAGCAAGCAAGUUAUUGCCAGAGAUCAAGCACAUUGCUUUGUGGAUCCUGGCUGGGAAACAGCCAUGGCAGAACCCUUGUUUGCCUGGUUGGAUGAAUUGCUGCAGAAGAAGGAAAAGUAA